AUGCAACAGUCCCAUCCUCGUCGCAUGGCACCAAUUACGGACAACCCUCACCGGGCUAUCCCCCCCAGCCCAAAUCAAUACUGGUACAACCGGUAUCAGGGCUAUCAUGACACAAGCCCAGGGGCUGCAUCGACAGCAACAACGCACAGCAGCGUGAGCGGAGGCGCCAUGAACCCGCAACAGCAGCACAUGUUCUUACCCUAUAAGCCAUCAGGCAUGUCAUCCUUCGGCGGCUCGCACUCAGGCUCGACCUCGCUCUCUCUGUCCGGCCGCACAGGAUCCGCUCCGUCCUCACCGGACCCUUACCAUCCCCGUGAACGGUACGACUCUGUCUCGAGUAGUUCAUCGACGAGCGGGCCCGCGGACCGUCGGCGUCCCCCACGCCCCAAGUACGAGGAGGAAGAGAUGUACUUCAUUUGGUAUCACCGAGUCGAUUUGUGUCAGGAAUGGAAGGAAGUUCGUGAGAGCUUCAAUCACCAGUUUCCUUCACGUCAGCGACGUGGAUUCCAGGGUAUCCAGUGCAAAUUCUACCGUUUCAUCAAGGAGAAGAAGUGUCCGACUCUCCGGGAGCAGCGCCGCAUGCGUGAUGGCGAGUUUCUACGCGAGGGUGCAGCUUUAGGCCCUGAGGCUGGAGCGCCGCGGUUUGGAGUGAUAGAGUGGGCAAAUGUUUGGUAUCCUUGGAUGAGGGAGGAUCGAGAGACAGCUCUGCGACGACAGCGUGCGGCGGCAGCAGCGAUGGCAGCGGAGGCUUGA